AUGGCAGCAAACGCUGGGCUGGAGGAGAAUGCAAGGACUAAGGUCUUGAAGUGGGGAAGCCAGAGACUAGUAAUAAGUAAAACUGCUGGAGAAAUCUUGAGACCAAGGUGGGAGAACCAAGACCAGGUGGGAGUUGAAACUCAGGAACUAGGGAAGAAAAAUCAGAGGGAGGCUGGAGGUGAGGAUCUUCCUGAAACCCAGGCAUGUAGAGGAGAGAACCAGGAAAAAUUAAGAUGUAAAACUGACGCCGAGACCCAAACACCAGUGUGGGAGAACCAGGAUAGGAGUAGGAAAGAGGAUGCUGUAGAGACCCAGGCAUUUGAGAAGGACAGGAAAGGGGCCAGAGCGGAGGAUGAAGGAGAGACCCAGGCCCAAGGAUUGAGGAAGCAGGGCCAGACUGAAAGUGAGAAUGGUGAGGAGUCUCAGGUGCAAGGGUGGGGAAAACAAGACCAGAUUAGAGGUGAUACCAGUACAGAAACUCUGGCAGAAGAGAGGAGAAAAAAGGACCAGGUUGGAGGUGAGAAUGCUGUGCAAAGCCAGAUAUCUGGGAGGGAAAACCUGGGAGAAGUAAAAAAAGAGGAUGGCAUGGAGACCCAGGCCCUGGGGUGGGAAAAACAAGAAUGUGUUCCAAGUGAGAAUGUAACAGAGAUCCAGACGCCAGGGUGGGAAAAGCAGGAUCAAGGUGCAAGUGAGAAAUGUGGGACGAUCCAAGUGUUCAGGGUAGAGAUCCAGAAACAACUAAGACAUGAACUUCAAGAGACGUGGGGAAAUCAAGACCUGAAAAGAGGUGAGGAUGAUGGGGAAACCCAGAUAUCCAGAAGGAAGAACCUCAGGGAGAUAAGAGAGGAGGAUUGGGUGGUGAUCAAGGCGCUAUGGUGGGGAGACCAGAGACCAGUAGCAAGUGAAAUUAACAGAGAAUUCAAAAUGCCAUGUUGGGGGAAUCAGGACCAGAUUAGAAGUGAUCAUAGAGCAGAAAUUCAAGCACUAGAAAAGAGAGACCAGAAAAAGGACAGAGAUGAAGAUGGUACAAAUACCCUGGUACCUGAGGCAGAGAACCAGAGGCAAUUAAGAGGUGUCUCUCAUGUAGAGACCCAUCCACCAGGGAGGAGGAAGCAGGAGCAGUUUGGAGAUGAGAAUAGUACAGACAUCCAGGCAACAGGGACAAUAAACCUGAGAGGGGUUAAAGGUGAAGAUGGUAAAGAGACUCAGGAGCUUGGGGAAGAAAGCCAGCAUCAGUUAAACAGUGAAACUAAUGAAAAGAUUCACAUACCAAAGAGGAAGAAUCAGGAAUACAUUACAGGCAAGGGUGGUGCAAAUACCCAGGCAUAUGAGGUGGAGAAUGGGGGAGAAUUAACAAGUAAAAUUGAUGUAGAAACUCAUUCAGCAGAAUGGAAGAAAGAGGAGCAGGCUGGAUAUGAGAAUGGUGCAGAAAUUCAAGUUCUGGAGAAGAAAAACCAGGGAGAAGCUGGAGUUGAGGAUGGUACAGAGAUGUGGGCACCUGGGGAAGAAAACCUGAGUCAGUUAAGAGGUGACAUUGAUGGAAAGACUCAUUUAUCAGAUGGGAAGAACCAGGAGCAGACAGGAGGUGAGAACAAAACAGAAAUUCAGGCACCAGAGAAGAGAGAAACUGAAGGUAAGGCUGUUACAGAGACCCAGAUACCUGAGAGAGAGAACCAGGGACAGCUAGAUGGUGAAAUUGGAGAGAACCAUCCACCAGAGAGGAGAAACUGGGAGCAGAAUAGAGGAAAGACCAAUGUAGAAAACCCAACACUGGAGAGGAAAAACCAGAGAGAGGUUAGAAACGAGGAUAAUAGAAAGAUCCAGACACUUAUGGGAGGGAACCAGAUACUGUUAAAAAGUAAGGUUAAUGGAAAGACCGGUUCAUCAGAGUGGAAGAAACAGGAGCAGACUGGAGAUGAGAAUGGCACAGAAAUCCAAACACAAGGGAAGAGAAACCUGAGAGGGACCAUGGGUGAUGAUGGUACAGAAAGCCAGACUCCUGGGGAAGACUAUCAGGGACAGGUAAGAAGUGAAAUUGAUGAAGAGAUCCAGAUACACAGGCAAGGAAACAAGCAUGGAAAUGAGGAAGCUGCAGAAAUCCAGCGUGUAGGGAGCCAGAAAAAGUGCAGAGCUGAGGAUGCUGGGGGGCUUCGAGUACCAAGGGGGAGAAACAAGGACCAGGUCAGAGGAAAGGAUGCUGCUAAAGGCAAUCUCCAAGGUGACUAUUCUGGGGGUGAGGGGCCCCCAGCCUUCACUGGCUCUGGAUACAGGGCCAUGAACCAGGAACAAGCAGUGGCUUCUGCCCCCUGUCCUGAGAUCAAGCCUCUCUUCAACCAGGGAGAACUCUUCCUGCUCAACAGUGGGGAGGGAGAGGAUUUGGCCAGCCAGGGCACAGCCCCUGCAGGGAAGCACAAAGUGGGUAUCAAACCAUCUUCCUGGCAGGCCCGACCUAAACUCCAAAGAAGCCGACAAAGGGACAAAGGAGCAGAUCCAGGCAAGGCCUCUGGCCUGACUCGACAGCUCCGGGACCCACAGUCCUUGGAUGCUCCCGUGGGCCUGCCCUCUCCCUGCCCCUCUGUCUCACAUGGUCAAGCCCUCCAAGCUGCCCCAGCUCUGGUGGAUGUUCCCUCUGCCCUCACGAUCCUGCCCAAGAGGCCAGUUCACAAGAAGAGCCAACAACUGCUCCUAGAGUCGCUUAUGCGGCGGAAGAUUGCACACCUGAAGUGGGGCUUCCCCCAGCAGAUCCUAGAGUCCUAUUUGCUCUUUAACUUCUUAGGACCAUGCCCACUGCCCCUUGUUGGGCUGAGGCUCUCUGGGUUACACACAUCCUGUGAGCUGCAGGGCCAGCAGGAAAAGUGUUGUGAGACCCAUGGUUUGAGGCCAGGCCCUAUGUCCCUAGAGAGGUCCUGGAGCGCUUGGUUCCCAGAAAGAAAAAGUGUAAAACUUCCCACACAGGCCAGAACCCUGGAGAAGCGUAGACCACACUGGUCAGAACCAAUGGGCAUUUCUACCCAUCCUGAAAAGCCUAAGAGAGAAGCCAUUCUCCAAGUUGUGAACUGCCUUAUGGAAAGGUGCCUGUGGCAAGGAACUGAGGAGGCCAUUGGACAACAGCCAUCAAGAAAGUGA